AUGGCAAUGGCAACAGUCUUCGUCGGGACGCGCCCGAUCGUGCUUGUACUUCUCUGCGCAGUCACAUCGCUAGCAGCGGUUGUGAUAUAUCGACUCUUCUUUGCGCCGUUGUCAAAAUUUCCCGGCCCGAAAAUCACAGCAGUGACACAGCUAUGGAUGAUGUACCACGAAUUCAAGGGUGACAGAACAGUGAUAAUCGACCAACUCCAUUCCCGCUAUGGACCGGUGGUGCGAGUCUCACCGGACGAAGUCUCGUUCAACAACUACGAAGGCUUGAGGGAGAUUUAUGGCAUCAAGUCAACUUUUUCGAAGAGCUCCUUUUACGACCUAUUCGUAUACUACAAUACGCGGAACACCUUCACCAGUCUAGACAAGCCAAGUCACUCGGCCAAGAAGAGGCUGGUCGCAGAUCGAUACACCAAGAGCUACGUGAUGCAGCCGUCUGUGGCCGACAAAGUGCGAGAGCAUGCUUCGGCAUUCAUGAAGCAAGUGUCGAUUCAAGGGCCCGUUCUCGAUGUGUACACCUGGCUACACUAUUACGCACUUGACGCCAUCACAAACCAUCUUUAUGGCGCCCAUGGCACACACACACUGUCGAGGCCGGAACACAGAGGGAUCGUUUAUGACCUCUCCGGCGUCAAGCACCGCACACGUCUGUACAUGCUACACUACUUCGGCUGGGUCAUGUCGCUCAAGACGCAGCUCACGGCCGUCAUGCGCAAGCUCAGCGGCCAAAACACCGCGUUCCACGUCCGCGGCAACCGGCUGAACGACUACGGGGAAGGUAGCGUCUCGUCUUUCCGUCGUGACCAGACCACCAAAGACACCAUCUCAACAUGCUCCAAACUCUUCAGCCAGAUCCCCAACAACGAGCCCGCCAUCGCCGCCGAGUGUAUGGACCAUCUGGUCGCGGGUGUUGACACGACCGGCGACGCCAUGUGCAUCCUGAUGUGGCGGAUCUCGACGCCCCAGUACACACACGUACAAGACACGCUCUUCCGCGAGCUGUCGAGCAUCAAAGACGCCUUCGACCCUGUGACACGGACCGCGCCAAUCGCUGUGCUCGACAAACUUCCUUACCUCGACGCCGUGAUCCACGAGGCCAUGCGCUGGCGUCCGCCGGUGCCCAUGACGCUGUUCCGCAUCGUGCCUCCCACGGGCGCCUUGAUUUCGGGCCACGCCGUCCCUCCCGGGACCACCGUCGGAUGCCAGUCUUACAGUCUGCACCGAGUGGAAGAAGUCUUCCCGAACCCGGACCUCUUCGACCCCACGAGGUGGCUGACGGAGGAUGCAGCGCAUCUGGCGGCGAUGCGCAACCACUUCUGGCCCUUCAGCUCCGGCGGCCGCAUGUGCUUGGGCCACAACCUCGCCAUGGUCGAGAUGAAGCUGAUCGUCGCCGCCGUGUACAUGCACUACACGACGCGUGUAACGCCUGCGGUCACAGAGGAGAGUAUGCGCAUGGACGACCAGUUGACCAGUGGCGUGCCGUAUGCGCUGAGCUGUCCAUUGGAAUUCGUUGCGCGGUGA